AUUUGCGUGUGUGUAGUCUAUCUAGUCCGCGCCGCCGAACAAACAUGAUCCGGUCAUAGAGCUAUAAUAAAGAUCCGGUCCAGCGCAAAGAAAGCAAAUUGUUGCAUAACAUUUGGACAUUGGACAUUCACGCUCGCAUACCGCAAAGCAAUAAAGUUCUAAUUUUGGUCCUUCAAAUGCUCAAAUGAACAUUCAUGCACACAGGUCGCGGUUAAACCACGGGCUACAAAAGUACAAACAUGUUGUUGUCUCAGGUUGAAUCCCUAGGUUUGACCACAACGCACCAACGAUUGGUGAUUGCCGGCGCUGUGGGCCUAGCUGCAACUGCAGGUGUCGUCUGGUGGUUCAGAAGGACCCCCAAACCAGUGUUCAAACCGGUGGGCAAACUGAGUGAGAUUUGGAUCCAUCCGAUCAAGUCAUGUCGGGGACAUCAGGUGUCAAGUGCAGAGUGCACACCUGCUGGGUUGUACAGCAACGGUUUGUAUGACAGGUAUUUUAUGGUUCUGAGCGAUGCUAACAGGUCAAUUUCCCAGCGGCAGGAGCCUUCUCUGGCCCUGAUUCAACCGCGAAUCUCAGAAGACGGAGAGUGCCUUAGUCUGGAUGCGCCAGGCAUGGAGCCUUUGAGCAUUAGCCUCUCAGACACUGCAAAGUCUGACAACCCUGUCAGGGCAUUUAGGGUCUGGGGAGUAGACGCAGAAGGGCUGGACUGCGGCCAAGAGGCCGAAACCUGGCUGAGUACCUACCUCAAGAAGCCCAACCACAAACUGGUCUACUACAAGGAGGGUCGAACUAAGCUCAGGAAGCCCACCGUGCAUUCCAUGUGGGGGAAGAAGUUUGCUUCCAAAGAUGAACUGAGGGGUUACCAGGAUUUGGCUCCGUUGUUAGUGGUGACUCAAGCCUCUUUGGAUGACCUGAAUUCACACCUGGAAAAGCCCAUCACCAUGAGGAACUUCCGACCAAACCUUGUGGUGUCUGGAGCCAAUGCGUUUGAUGAGGACCUGUGGAAACACAUCAGGAUUGGAGACACAGUGACCUUACGCAGGACGCAUGGCUGUGGAAGGUGUAAAUUGACAACAGUUGAUAAUGAGACUGGCAUGUACAGAAGUGACGGUGAACCACUGACAACUCUCAGAAAGUAUCGCAUGUUGGACAAGUCAGACCCAGACAGCAAGACGCUGGGUGUUGCCCCAAUCUUUGGAUCAAACGUCGCAUAUGAUGUGUUUGGUACAGUCCAGGUCGGCGACACCGUGUAUGCAGCGGUGUAAAUUCAAGGCCGCAGUAGAGAAAACUGCUCAGGAUGUCGGAAAUUAAAUCUAUUCUGUGAAAAACAGUAUACAAAAACAAUUUCUGAAUAAUGUAAUGACAAAUGGGAAAACAAAUAUAUGUGUUUUCAAUAUAAUUUUUGAUAUGCAAAAAUAAUUAAUAUUUAAGUCAUGAUAAGUAGACAUUUUGUAAUACUUUAAAGUAUUCCAGUGCGUGUAGAACUUAAGUCACAUUUAAAUAAAUCACUAAUUUAAAGUGCAAUUAAAUGAAAGUUAUUUUUAUAGUUAAUGUAAAUUUAAAAUAUUGUAAAAAAUCAUCAAGUUGUAUACAGGGUGAGUCAGCAUGAUCUGGACCCAAAUUAAUAAAAAAUAUUGGAAAUAUGUAGCAAUUAUCAAAUCAAGUGCAAACGAGAUAUAUUAUAGGCUGGUAUGUUUGACACAUUUGUGAAAGUUUCAUGUAUAUCCAUUGUACGAUUUUGAAGAAAAAUGUUAGCAAAGAACACACGCUAAAA